CUAAAGACACAGCAACUCAGACUAACUCAAGAGAUCUGACUUACUCCUCAUACGGUCAAAUCUGUCUUUCUUCUACCCAAUCCGCGGGCUUGGAGCGAGCGUGAGAUCAUCAAGAAACCACAGCUACACGCGCCAGGUUAUGUCCCACUCUGCCUCAAGGACGUGGGUGUCGGCCGAAACCAAGGAGUACGAAGCGUUCGUCAAGCUCUGUGAGAACGUUUUCUAUGUAGCUCCUUACUCACCCUUCGUCCCUCGAUCCUGGCCUGACUGGAUCGCUCAUCGUUUGACUGUCAAAGAGGAAGCUCGCAAGGAAAUCGUCAAGAGAUUGGCUGCAAGAGAGGCACAGAGGAAGACGGGAAACAAGCGCAAGGUCGAACCUUUGCUCGGAGGCAAGGAUUUCGAUGACUAUCUGACCCGCGUCUUGUCAAGAGAAUCCAUAUGGAUCCCAUCCAUCGCAGAACGUCCGGACAGACCCCAGGCACCAUGGCCAUGCCAGGAUGAACUUCAGCAUGAAGGCUCUCACCGCAACAAAUCCGGAUUUAGUCGUUUCGCUCCGCUACCAAGGGUACCGGGGAACGCUACCGUGAACUGGAAACAGAGAGCACAAGUCAAGCAAUUCUCCUUCGACGAGAUCGGGCUCCCGGUGACGACUAAAGAAGAACAACUUGAAAUCGAUGAAGAGUUAUUGAUGUUGAUUGGUUAUGCCUUGAUGAAAGAGUUGGAUAAUUGAUGAGCUCGGUCCAAAUUGCGGAAGAAUCUCUCCACACAUCACGCUGCACAUUAUGCAGAAUCCGAUCCAGAGACACGUUUCUUGAGACCGAGGAGAUGAAGACUGCCCUCUCGUGUUGUUUUUCUGUUUGGAUGCAUAGUCUUCACUUCUUGUACUUUCUUGACAAUCUUCGAGGAUAAAGCAUGUAUUUUCUUUCUUUUUUUUUUUAUAACCUCCUCUUCUUUCUAGUUGAAACAGGUCAUGCCGCUAGCCAUCCUUGUAGCAAAAGCCGAAGAAUAGCCUAGGCAUAAACGGCAUUUCCAGAUCAUGAAUCAUAUGGUAGUAGUAGACUGAAAAUAAAGAGUUCACUGAAAGCCUACGUCCUCAUAUGACCUCACAAGGACCCUCCAU